AUGCCACCAACCGCCCUCCUCGCCUCCAAAACCGCCGCCAUAACCGGCGGCUCCACCGGCAUCGGGCGCGCCAUCACCCUCGGUUUCCUCGCGCAAGGCUGCAACGUCGCCGUCAACCAUCUCGGUCUCUCCUCUGAUGCUGCACUCCUCGCCUCCUUGAUCGAGGAAGCGAAGGGGCUCAAGGAGAAAGAUGCGGGUGCGGGGGAGCUGAUGGAGGUGCAGGGUGAUAUUUCCCUGCCGGAGACGGGAAAGGAGUUGGUGAGGAAGACGGUGGAGAGGUGGGGGGUAUUGGAUGUUUUUGUGAGUAAUGCGGGGGUUUGUAAGUUUGCUGAGGUUUUGGACAUGGAACCCGACCUCUUCGCCUCAACAGUAAACAUCAACCUCAACGGCGCCUUCUACGCCUGCCAAGCCGCCGCCCGCCAAAUGGCCACCCAAAGCCGCGGCGGCUCCAUAAUCGGGAUGUCCUCCAUCAGCGCCCUCGUUGGCGGCGGUCAACAAGUGCACUACACACCCACCAAAGCCGGGGUAACCUCGCUCAUGCAAUCUAUGGCCGUCGCACUGGGGAAGCAUGGGAUUAGAUGUAAUGCGUUAUUGCCCGGGACCAUUAGGACGCAAUUGAAUGAGGAGGACUUGAAGGGGGAGAAGGAGACGUAUAUGGAGGGGAGGAUUCCGUUGGGGAGGAUUGGGGAGACGAGUGAUAUGGUGGGCCCGGCGAUUUUUUUGGCGUGUGGGGAGUUAAGUGGGUUUGUCAAUGGGGCGCAGCUUUUGGUGGAUGGGGGGAUGUUUGUUAAUCUGCAGUGA